AUGGCGGCGCCGGUUUUUAUUCUUAUGCUCGAAAGGGCUCGUUCCUGCUCUUGUCCGGCAUGUUGGCGAAGCGGUGACAAGGAAGGACCUUCUUGGUACUUCCCGCCGUUGGCAAGAAAGCAACCGUCGGUUGCCCUCACCAGUGCAAGGCGUAGACUAGGUAGAGGGGGUGGAGUUGGAAGAGGAGCUUGGGACGUCUUGCAGCAUUUGGAGGUCACGUCGAGGCCGACAUUCAAAUUGCACGAGAGACCGCGAAAACUCUUCGAUGGGUACCCGAUUCGGACAAUGUCGGGGCUUCGUCCGCUUAUCUGGCAUGGAUCUCGGGAGUUUAAGGCUACGAAGUCCGGGGCAGAGCAGGACCCCGAUCCGUCCGAACUGGAUGAUGGCCAGAGCUGGUGGGAUGAAAGUACUAAUACGGAAGAACGAGGCCUGAGCGCCGACCUCAACGCUCCUAAGCUUUGGUAG